GAUUUUCUUCCUUCUCUCCACUGUGAGUCUCCAUGGAGGUCGUCCGCCAUCUCCAAUUGAAAUUCUUCUUCUUCGUCACUGCCUUGUUCUGCACAUCACUCGUUCUUGGUAUCGAUCCUCACUCAGAAGCCCUCCUGAGCUUAAAAUCCGAGUUCACAGACCACGACGGUAGCCUGAGUGAUUGGUUAGAGCCUUCUGGAGAAACCCCACCAGAGAAAGUCUAUGCAUGCUCAUGGUCAGGAGUGAAAUGCAACGAUAACUCGACAAAGGUGGAAGCUUUGGACCUGUCUUUGAAGAAGCUGGGAGGAAAUGCAUUGUCCGGGAAUCAGUUUGGAAUCUUCACAGACCUUGUGGAGCUCAACCUCAGUUGCAACUCGUUCUCCGGCCAGCUACCGGCGGGAAUCUUCAACCUCACGGGGCUAAAAAGCUUGGAUGUAAGCCGGAACAAUUUCUCCAGUCAGUUUCCAAGUGGGAUUUCCCGUCUCCAGAAUCUGGUUGUGCUCGAUGCCUUCAGCAACAGCUUUUCAGGGCAGCUGCCCGUUGAAGUUUCCCAGCUUCAGAAUCUCAAGAUUUUGAAUCUCGCCGGAAGUUAUUUCAGUGGCACCAUCCCGGCAGAGUAUGGUUCAUUCAAGAGUCUCGAGUUUAUCCACCUGGCGGGUAACUCCCUUAAUGGGGAAAUCCCACCGGAACUCGGGAAGCUUAAAACGGUGACACAUAUAGAGAUAGGAUACAAUUCUUACCAGGGGAGUAUUCCAUGGGAGUUCGGUAACAUGAGUGAGCUUCAGUAUCUGGAUAUAGCAGGGGCGAAUCUAACUGGCUACAUUCCAGGUCAACUCUCUAAUCUAACCAAGCUUGAGUCGUUGUUCCUCUUCAGGAACCAGCUGACUGGACCAAUUCCAUGGGAAUUCAGCAGAAUUUUGCCUCUAGCUAGCUUGGAUCUUUCUGAUAAUCAGCUUUCUGGGCCCAUACCUGAGAGUUUUUCAGAGCUGAAGAACUUGAAGCUGCUUAGUCUCAUGUAUAAUGAUAUGAAUGGAAGUGUCCCAGAAGGGAUCUCAAAGCUUCCUUCACUGGAAACUUUUCUCAUAUGGAAUAAUUUCUUUUCAGGUCCUCUUCCAGAGGACUUGGGGAAGAACUCAAACCUCCAAUGGGUGGAUGUUUCAACUAACAAUUUCGUUGGUGGAAUUCCAGAAGGCAUUUGUGCUGGAAAUGCUCUGUUCAAGUUGAUCCUUUUCUCAAACAAAUUUACAGGAAGCCUUGAACCAUCAAUGUCCAACUGCUCUUCCCUCGUUCGUCUAAGACUAGAAGACAAUGCCUUCUCAGGGGAAAUUCCUCUGAAGUUUAGCCAACUUCCUGAGAUCACAUAUGUCGAUCUUUCGUUAAACAAUUUCACAGGCGGAAUUCCCAGAGACAUUUCUCAAGCUCCUAAGCUGCAGUACUUUAACAUUACUGAUAAUCCAGCCCUUGGAGGUAAACUUCCUUUGGGAAUAUGGUCGUCACCGGUUCUUCAAAACUUAUCUGCCUCGAAUUGUAAUGUCUCAGGGGCUCUUCCACCAGUCGAGUCCUGCACAUCCAUUUCUUUCGUCGAGUUAGGAGUGAACAAGCUCCAAGGAAGCAUCCCUGAAAGUGUUUCCAAGUGUGGAGCUCUUGUCCAGAUGGACCUCGCGCAUAAUAAUUUGAGCGGGAAAAUACCGGAAAAGCUUGGUGAUUCUUCAACUCUAGUACUUCUAAAUGUAUCCUUCAAUGAUAUUUCUGGUUCGAUUCCUUCCACCGCCAUGUUUAGAGCAAUGGGAAGCAGUGCUUAUGCGGGAAACCCAAAACUAUGUGGAGCACCUCUCCACCCAUGCCCUGGUUCGAUGACGACAUAUGGGGGCAGAGGAACAAGGAAGCUUACAUGGGUUCUGUUAGCUGUGGUUGUAUUAGUCUUGGCCUCGGUAUUGGGGGUAUUCUACAUCAGGAGAGAAGGCAAAGGUGAAUGGAAGAUGAUACCCUUUGCCGGACUCCCUCAGUUCACUGCAAGCGAUAUUCUGAAGGAAUUGCCUCCAUCAUCAGCUUCAGUUUGCCAAGCAGUUCUGCCAACAGGAAUAACAGUUUCAGUUAAAAAGGUUGAGCUGGAGGCAAAGACAAUGAAUGCCAGCAUGGAAUUGAUAAUGCAAAUUGGGAAUGCUAGGCACAAGAAUUUGGUCAGAUUGCUUGGAGCUUGCUACAACAAGCAACUAGCUUACCUUUUGUGUGAUCACUUGCCAAAUGGGAAUUUGACUGAGAAGGUGGCCAUGAAGAGAGAUUGGGCAACCAAGAGGAAACUCAUCAUUGGGAUUGCUAGGGGGCUUUCCUUUCUUCACCACGAUUGUUACCCUGCGAUUCCUCAUGGAGAUCUGAAGUCGAGUAAUGUAGUCUUCGACGAAAACAUGGAGCCCCAUUUAUCGGAGUUCGGGUUCAAGUACCUGGCAGAAAUCAGUAGUGGCACUCCGGCAACAGUAUCCAGGAAAGAGACAGGCAAAGUGAAUGGUGCCGUUAAGGAGGAUCUCUACGGUGAUAUAUAUAGCUUUGGAGAGAUAAUUUUGGAGAUCUUGAGCAAUGGUGGACAUGCUAAAGCUGGAUGGGGUACACAGAACAAGCCUACAGAAGUACUCUUGAGAGCAAUGUACAGUGAGAAUGAAUCUUGCACUCUGGAUUCAACUAAAAGGGAGAUAAAACAAGUUCUUGAAGUUGCUCUACUCUGUACCAGAAGUAGAUCAUCCGACAGGCCAACCAUGGAAGAGGCACUGAAGAUUUUAUUAAAGCCAAUUCCACAGAACAAAUGAAUGGGGGAAAAAGCAUAUGUAGAAACUGAAUUAUAGUUAAUUCCAGAUAGCAAGAUUAGCAGUAAUGAUGGAUAUAUACCGAGUUUACUAAAGGGUGAGUAUUUCUUUGCAGCAUAUGCAGGGUGUUGCUUAGUUGCCCUGUAAUAUAAUAGCUACAAGUUUGUCCGUAUCAAACGAUAAUUGGUAUAUCGAAAAGUGAUCUCAGAAUUUUCUGUUUAUUCAUGUGAGCUAUGCAAUAGGCAGCAUGAUUUCUGGAAUUGAAAGUUGAACUUAACCAAGUGAAGCUUAAACAAAAAGCAACCAUCAGGACAAUGAGCAUUGGAUGUGUGAAUCCAAUGCCAAGCUUUAUCAUUCAAGCAAAAAUGUCAUUCAUGCAAUUUCACAAACAUCUAGAGCUCAAACCUCUGAAGCGUGAAUGCAGCGCUUUGACGACGCCUUCAAAGCUCUCAAACUUGCCACUGACCACAUCAACGUCCACUCCCAAUCUCUUAGCUCCAGCUGCCGUCACCGGACCAUGUGCUGCCACAACCAGUUCCGGCCGCCUGCAUCUGACCGUCGUCCAAUCACAUUCAAGCUCCCUCAAGCUUUUCAGCAAGCCUUCCACUUCCGCAGUACUCGUGAAAAUGACAGCAUCCAGUUCGUCCACCUCCACUAUCUCCGCCGCGCAGGUGGGGCCCAACCACCGCGUCUCAUAAGCAUCGACUCGGACAGGAUUCCAGUCGGCGGACUCCAGCUCCAGGAGGAAAUCAGGCACCACCGGCGGUUCCUGAACUCCAAUCACCCUAGGAACCGGACACAGCACUCUCCGGCCGCGCCCGAGCCCCAGCGAUUGGACCAAUCCACUUGGCGUAGGAAUCGUAGGAACCAGAACUCUGACCCUAUCGACAUUAGAACAGAACUUAAGCAGAAACUCCGAGUCCAGCAGCUCCGCGUCCUUGCCUAGUGCGGCGAGAACGAGGGAAUCGGCGGCGUCGGGAGGUAAGAGAGGCGUGGCCAGGGAGAGCAACGCGGCAUAAGCGGCUUCAAUUGCGGUCCGUGAAGGAAAAGCGAUGGCCGAGAGAAGAGAAAUGGAGUCGGCGGAGAGGUGGUGGCCGAAAGAAGCGACGGUUUCCGCGGUGGCUUCGGUGGCGAUGGUUGGGCACCACAGCGGAGUGAAGGAAUUGAGACUGAGGAGUCGAGACAGCCUGGUUGCGUAGUUCGACGGAGUGGUGAAAGCCACCGUUGGCUUCGUGGCCACCUGCGGUGGAACUGCCUGGAGUGGCUUACCGGCGGGAAGAGAGCUCUGAUGCAUUUUCGCCAUCAGGAUGACUGGCGUGGGGAUCGACUGAUUGGCAGAGAACGAUCAAUGUAGUUAUUUUGGAUUGGGCCACUUAUUUUGGAUGGGCUUGGUCUGAUCUAUUUUGCCACUUGUUUUUAU